AUGCCGACCUACCUCUGCCACGGCUUCCGCUGGCAUCGUCCGAGCAUUCGCGUCUACGUCGUUGUCCAGAACAUCGACGACGCCGCCCCCGAGUGGAUCAUUGGCCCCGAGUCCUCCAAUGCCAUUCUCGAGUCCUUCUACACGAACUUUGACUUUCUCCCCGAGGCCCGGCCGGCCAGCGACGACCGCCAGCAGCGCAAGAAAUCCGCUGCUGCCACUGGCUCCUCGAAACGCCGCAACGGUUCGCAGGCUCACAAUGACGCCCCCGACCCCUUCGCCAAACCUCCGCCGCCGGUGCCGCCGGAGGAGGACGAUGUGCUGCUCAAUUCGUGGAGCGCCGUCAAGCUGUUGGAGGAGUACGACCCGACGGACCUGACCAGCGUCAGCCGGCCGUACGCCUUUGUCGCCGACCACGUCGUCCGGGUCGACCUCAGCGUGUCGGUGGUCGAAGAGAUAGCCGGCUACGAGGAACGUAUGAGGCGGGACUCGGGCGGCGGCAGGGCCAUGGCGGCGGCGAGCAGUGACGACUUCAACAACGGCAAAGCAGGGCACAAGAAGGGGGCCACCUCAGGAAAGAAGGCUGGCUGGCUCGAGAAGCUGCGGGACCAGCUGCAAAAGGGCGAGGACAUUCGGUGGUACGUCAUCGUGUGCGGUGACGAAGAGCGUGCCGUGUGCGAGGAGCUGCUGGAGGCGCCGCGGGAGCAGCUGGAGCCGAGACACGUUGCGGAGCUCAUGAAGCAGGAGCCCGUGCUGGAGCCGGCGAUGCGAUUCUUUGAGGCGCCGAGGGGGGAAGGCCAGCGACCGAACAAAUUAUCCAUGGACAGGCCGCGCGAGGGUGAGACACGGCCACGGGCCGGCAGCAGGGAGACACGGUAUAGCAGGGAUCGAAGUGGCAGCGCAUCGAAGCGCGUCACGGGAGGAUACUCGCCAUUCCCACCGCCGCCAUCCGCAGCGCCGCCAACCCACAAAAAGGCAACGUCGGUCGGGGUGCCGCCAGCACCGACGCGAGAGCCUCCGCCGGCGAGAGAGCAACGGCCGGCGACAGCUCAACCUCCACCACUGCUGGACCCAAAUGCUGGGAUCAAAACACCACACAAGAGUCGGAGCUUGCGCGGCUAG